AUGCAUCGGCUGGUACUGUCUGUGCAGCUUCAGGAAAAGCAGAGGGGAGGCCUGCGAGGGAGGGUGGCUCAGAAGAGACCUGCGCCUGCGGCCAACCAGACGCGGCUGCCCAAGCUGCCGCAGCUGCCAGCAGCCCACAUCCUGUUCCUGGUCUUCAGCGGGAACUUCAUUGGCAUUGUCUGCGCGCGCACGCUGCACUACCAGUUCUACUCCUGGUACUACCACACGAUCCCACUGCUGCUUUGGUGCACGCGGCUGCCCACCACAGUGCGCCUGUCGCUGUGGCUCUGCAUAGAGGUCAUCUUCAAUAUAUUCCCCUCAACUCCAGAAACUUCCCUGGCGCUGCUGGGCUGCCACCUGCUCAUUCUCCUAGCGCUGGCUUUUGCGCCUGCUGAACGCGGAAGUGAUCGCACGCACUAA